GGCCGGUCUCUCUGUCAGUGGCGGCUGCUGCUUGCUCCGGAGGGAGGCUGCGCGGUGGCUCCCGAAGCUGGCAGAGGUGGACGUCGGCACCGGGCUUUGCCCGCUUCUUGAAGCUGUGAAUUUCUUUGGACAAUUGAUGAUAUUUAUCGUUGUGCCCAGUUUCUACAAAUAAAAGAUGGGUGGAUUACUUGCUCGAUGGAGGACAAAACCUUCAACUGUAGAAGUUCUGGAAAAUAUAGAUAAAGAAAUUCAAGCAUUGGAAGAAUUUAGGGAAAAAAAUCAGAGACUACAAAAAUUAUGGGUUGGAAGAUUAAUUCUUUACUCCUCAAUUCUUUAUCUAUUUACAUGUUUAAUUGUAUAUUUGUGGUAUCUUCCCGAUGAAUUUACAGCAAGACUUACUAUGACACUCCCAUUUUUUACUUUUCCAUUGAUCAUCUGGAGCAUAAGAACAGUGCUUAUUUUCUUCUUUUCCAAGAGAACAGAAAGAAAUAAUGAAGCAUUGGAUGAUUUAAAAUCCCAGAAGAAAAAAAUACUUGAAGAAGUCAUGGAAAAAGAAACUUAUAAAACGGCUAAAUUAAUUCUUGAAAGGUUUGAUCCAGACUCAAAGAAAGCAAAGGAGUUUGAGCCGCCAUCUGCUGGAGCAGCUGUAACUGCAAGGCCUGGACAAGAGAUUCGUCAGCGAACGGCAGCUCAAAGAAACCUUUCUCCAACACCAGCAAGGUCUAGCCAAGGCCCUACUCCACAAGUUCCAGUAUCUCCUGGACCAGGAAAGGACACUUCAGCCCCUGGUGGACCCCCGGAAAAAAAUGUUACUGCAGUUCUAUCAUCAAAUGUAUUACCAAGACGUCUUGGAUCCCCUGCUACUUCAGUGCCUGGAAUGGGUCUUCAUCCUCCAGGUCCACCUUUAGCAAGACCCAUUCUCCCCCGAGAACGAGGUGCUUUGGAUAGAAUUGUUGAAUAUUUAGUUGGUGAUGGUCCACAAAACAGGUAUGCCCUUAUAUGUCAGCAGUGUUUUUCCCAUAAUGGCAUGGCGUUGAAAGAAGAAUUUGAAUACAUUGCUUUUCGAUGUGCCUACUGUUUUUUCUUGAACCCUGCAAGAAAAACCAGACCUCAGGCUCCAAGACUUCCAGAAUUUAGUUUUGAGAAGAGACAGGCUGUGGAAGGCUCAAGUUCAGUUGGUCCCUUGCCUUCAGGAAGUAUGAUUUCAUCCGAGAACCAGAUAAGUGAAGAAUCUUUAGAAGAAAAAGAUGCUUCUGAUAACACUACAGAGCAGACAGAGGACAAAAUAACAGAUACAGAGCAGACAAACGAAGUGAUUGAAAAAGCAUCUGACACAGAGGAACUAGAGGAGAAGCAAGAAGAGACUGAGAAGGAGGAAACCUCAAUGAAUGAAGCCAAAUUAACAGUUCCCGGAGCUGAUUGUAUUACUGAUUCUGUUCCGAAUCCUGAACUAAGUGGAGAAUCUUUGAUGACAAUGUAGUAAAUGCUUCCACGUGCCUUCAACUGGAUAUAUGUAGUUUUGUUGAUGUCAGUUAUUGCUUUUUAUUUGGUGCUUUUUUUUUUUUU